AUGGCUUUUUGGAGUUUUUUUGCCCAUUUCAUCAUUAAAAUCCCAACCAGAAGGACCUACAUUGACCCAGAAACCUGUGAAGAUUUGCUCCAGGCUGUUCAUGCCUUUGCCAAAGAGCUGGACAUCGCUAGCAUCAAGAUCGAGAGGAUAGUCCAUACAGGAGACUUUGGGGAAGUGUGUCGAGGUUGCCUGAAGCUUCCCAGUAAACGCGAGUUGCCUGUGGCCAUAAAGACCCUUCGUGCGGGCUGCUCGGAAAAACAGAGACGCUCAUUCCUCAGCGAGGCGGGAAUUCUGGGACAGUUCGAUCAUGCCAACAUUGUGCGUCUGGAGGGAGUCAUCACCAGAGGCAACACUAUGAUGAUCGUGGUGGAGAGCAUGGCCAACGGAGCCCUGGACUCUUUCCUGCGGAAACACGAAGGUCAGUUGACUGUUCUUCAGCUGGUGGAUUUGCUGAGCGGAGUGGCGUCAGGGAUGAAGUAUCUGACAGAGAUGGGUUUUAUCCAUCGCCGACUGGCCGCUCAUAAAGUCCUGGUGAACAGCAGCCUGGUCUGCAAAGUGUCAGGCUUCAGACCUCUUCAGGACGACAAGAUAGAGGCAGUCUACAGCACACUACACGGAGGGAAGAGUUUGGUGUUGUGGACAGCCCCAGAAGCCAUUCAGUACCAUCGUUACAGCUCAGCUUCUGAUGUGUGGAGCUUCGGUAUCGUCAUGUGGGAAGUCAUGUCCUUCGGGGAGAGACCAUAUUGGGACAUGGGCAACCAAGACGAUGGGAUUUUCCUGUGUGAAGUAAUAAAAGCUAUAGAGGAUGGGUUCCGGUUACCUGCUCCCGUGAACUGCCCGGCAUCUCUGCACCAGCUCAUGCUGGAUUGCUGGCAGAAGGAGAGGACAGAGAGACCCACCUUCACCCUGAUCCACAGCGCUCUAAGCAAGACCAUGAGGAGCCCGGACAACAUCGGGUCCUCCACCCUGGGACGCAGGACCCUGGGCUCAUCUGUAUCACUAGCAGAACGAACGCUUCCCUCCUUCCCUUCAUUUAGUUCAGUUGGAGAGUGGUUAGAAGCUGUAGACAUGGGCCGCUACAAAGACAACUUCACUGCUGCUGGAUACUGUUACCUGGAGUCAGUGGCUCGCAUGACCGUUCAGGAUGUGCUGAGUCUCGGCAUCACCUCCCUGGAGCACCAGAAACAGAUCCUGUCCGCCAUCCAGACUCUCAGAGCGCAGGUUAUCCAGAUGCACGGCCGCGGAGUGCAAGUCUGACAGACCCACAGCAGUGCGCUGGCUUACCGAGGAAAGACAUAUGGAUGUCUGUUCUCAUAAUUACCCAGCAGGCCAUUCAACG